UCAGAGACAGUAAAGAGGAAACUCAACUGAGCGAGGAAACGUCCUAAAGGCAGUUGGUUUAGUGAAUAUAUAUAUCAAAAGUGAGAGAUUCCUAGAGCAGCUGCUAAUUAAUUGCUUACCCCAUCUAGGGAUUUUUCAUCAAGUCUAAAUAUUAUGGAGUCUGCAGAUCUUCAACUUCAGCAUCAGCUCCAAUUACAACAGUUAAAUGGAUAUUUCUCUUUGUUGGAAACCAAGUUGGCCAGUAAAGUUCCAAGAACUCAAGACUGGAACUCUACCACUGUUCUGAAAGAUAGUUCCGGUGAUACAGAUACGACUGAAAGUAUCUCAAGAUCAAAGGAGUGUUGGUCGUCUCCAUUAUUUAGCAAUACUAUUGGUCAAGAAAGCUUCAUCCCUGAAUCUGCUAAUCAAUUGUUCCCUGCAAACAACAAAGUGGAGAUGCCAGAUUUUUUCCCCAAACAGUACACUGAAAUGAUACACAUACCAUCUAGUGUAAAUGGUCACGAGUCAUUCUCUCUAAGCAGCAAACACUAUCCACAUUAUCCUUAUGAUCUUGGUGAAAAUCUAUGGCUCAAUCACUUCUCUUUGGAUCGUGAUAUAACUCAACUGCAGCUUUCGGCAGGAGCAGGGUGCCAUAAUCCUCAAGCCUCCCCAAGUGCAGUUACAUCUAACGGAUUCAUCAGCCAUGUAUUUCCAAGUACAAUUAUUUCUUCGGCCUCGGAUUUGUGUGCUUCAUUGGUUUCAAGGUCUCCCAAUUUACAAGCUUUGGAUCUUUUAACUUCUACAUACCAUGAUGAGAGUUUUUUUAGCCAGUCUUCGCAUGAUAUGAUUCAUGGUAAAUUAAGUGAAACAACAUUUAUGGGCCAUGAUGGCAUGCCAGAACUUAUUAAAGAUGCUAGUCCCUCUAACAGCUCGAACAAAAUGCCAAGAUUGGUAAAUGGGGUUACAAGGACAAAGAGACCUGGUAGUUUUACAGAGUCGAAGGAAACACGUCAAGAUUUCAGGAAGUCGCGAUCACGAUCCUCAUGCCCGCCACUGAAGGUUAGAAAGGAGAAAUUAGGAGACAGAAUUCAAGCUCUUCAGAAGAUGGUGGCACCCUUUGGGAAGACAGAUACAGCCUCUGUACUAACAGAAGCUAUUGGGUAUAUACAAUUCCUUCAUGACCGAGUGCAGACACUCACCACACCUUACAGGAAUUCAUCAACAACUCAAGCCGGUUCAAGCAAGGAAGAUAAAAUUGAAGAAUCAAAGCGAAAUCUUAGAAGAAGAGGGCUAUGCCUUGUGCCCCUACCUUAUGCAUCAUAUUUUAAUAGUUACGAUGGUAGCAUGGAGACAAAUAAUACCUAGUUAUCAACUAUCAAGGAGAGACACUUUGGAGCUUGUAUUUAUAACUACUUCUAGCUUAAGCUUUUAUUUGGAGCCUUUUAUCUUUGCUUAAUCUUGUAUACAAACUCCUUUAGAGAACUAAUAGUACUCAUG